GGUAACCGCUAACACCUGUACAAAGCCUCCACAGUUUCUCUUUCGCGUUAGUAUUGAUCGUGUUUUCACAUCGUAACUAGUGGCACUCCCUGAGAUGGGUUUGAAUCGUCGAGAUUUCAUAGUACUGUCCCUGGUGAUGUUGCUAUUUAUGGCAAAACAGAUGUUCCAUGACGAGAGAUAUAAAAGAAGGCUUUACACUCUCUCGCCUGCACACCCAACCUAUAUGGUGUCCCAGGCCUUUGCCAAUGUGGCUGAAAAGGGCAAAUACUCCAGCCACUCCUUUGUCUGGCCCGCUACACGGUGGGAGGAAGUUACCCGCAGUUCUCGGGUGUGUCUCGUGACCCAAGGCAGCGUCGACCGCAUUUUCUGGGUGGCUCGACAGGCUGAGGCUUUUAGAGGGCCAGUGUCCAUGGCCAUCUAUGCCCCAGGCUUUGAUUAUGCCGUGGCCCUUGCUAUGGUAUCUUACUUGAAAUACUGCUUCCCCGCUGUUCAAGAGAACGUGUCCUUCCAUAUAAUGUACUCAAGGAAGUAUCCCCCCAAAUUCUCCACUGAAUACAAGGCACCUCCUCUUAGUUGUUCUGAUCCGGAAGGGGUAAACAGACUCUUGAUGGUUCUUCGGGGCAAAGAAAAUAGCAUAAUAAAGCAUUACCCUCAAAAUCACAUGAGGAACCUGGCUCGGCGAGCUUGCCCUUGUGAAAACGUCCUCACCGUCGAUAUUGACAUGGUGGCAGCACCCUACAUGAAUGCAAUGUUGUCCAAUUUUCUCAAUACUACGAAGCAGACUACGCCAUGUAAAAAAUGUGCUUAUGUGGUACCACUCUAUGAAAUCCAGGAUGAUGCUGAGUUUCCAAGGAAUAAGACUGAACUUUUGGAUUUGCUACAAAAUCACAGAGCUCGGAUAUUCCAUGAGAAGGUGUACAGCAAAAAUCAGGGAAAUGCUCGAUUCCAUGAAUACUGGGAGAUACAACCAGACAAAGAGGAUUCAAGAGAAUAUCAAGUCCUUUAUGAAAUCGAAAACUACGAGGAGCGCUGGGAACCGAUUCUUGUUUUGCCGAUCAGUGCUCCUUUCUUUGACGAGCGAUUCGUAGGGUUUGGGUGCAAUCGCUAUAGUCAGGUUUACGAGCUCCAUCUACGCAAAUACAAUUUUAGGGUUUUGGACACGGCCUUUCUCGUCCAUCGCGGAUUCCAGACGAAAGCGAAAUAUCCUCACUGGCGCCCCAGGGAGAUUCAGGAGAAUCUAGAACGGUAUAAAGAGUUCAAGAAUGAAAUUCAUAAGAAACUAAAGAUUAAACUUUAAGUGGAUUCGAAACCGUGUUGUUCCACGCCUAUUGUACAUAUUAAGAUGUUUUGUGGAAUAUAUGGAAGGAGGAAGAUUACGCAAACAAAGUUUUCUUCUGUAAAAGAUAACUACUUCAGCAAUGAUAUCCAUAUCUGAGGAAUGGUAUGUGCAUCACUGGUUUUCUUAAAAUAAGAACUUACUGUUUUCUAGGUAUUUUCACAUGUGCAAAAAAAUAAUAAGACCCUGAAGUAGACAGGGAAAUGUUUGUACAAUCUUAGUUACGUUCAUUCCUUAAUCAUAAUUGUCAUUCCUUUACCGAUAGCAUAUUCAGAUACUGAGAAGCUAAAAAAUGAUGUGACUAAUUUAUACUCAAUAAAAAGACUUAUAACA